CUUUGCUUCUACUCGACUAAAUAUGGCCUCUAUAUUGCGCGCCGGAAGAUCACUGGCAUCGUCCAACAUUCACUCUUAUGCAACCAAAGCUGCUGUUAUUGGUGCUCGCCACUAUGCGUCCUCCUCUUCCUCUACUGUCAUGAACAAGUACAGCCGAAACAUCACCGAGCCAAAGUCUCAAGGUGCUUCGCAAGCCAUGUUGUACGCUACUGGUCUUGACGAUAAUGAUCUCAAGAAGGCACAAGUUGGUAUCUCCAGUGUAUGGUACGAGGGUAACCCAUGCAACAUGCAUCUUUUGGAUUUGGCACAAAAGGUCAAGGAGGGUGUUGAAAAGGCUGGUUUGAUCGGUUAUCGAUUCAAUACCGUUGGUGUUUCUGAUGGUAUUUCUAUGGGAACUAACGGUAUGCGAUUCUCGCUCCAAUCUCGAGAUUUGAUUGCUGACAGUAUUGAAACCGUCAUGGGUGGACAAUGGUAUGAUGGUAACAUCAGUUUGCCCGGCUGUGACAAGAACAUGCCCGGUGUUCUGAUGGCAAUGGGUCGUUUGAACCGUCCAUCCCUUAUGGUCUAUGGUGGCAGUAUCCGCCCCGGUAAAGGCUGCGGUGGUAACACCUUGGAUAUUGUCUCCGCUUUCCAAGCUUACGGUGAAUAUGUUGCUGGUAACAUUAACGAAGAGCAGCGAUAUGACAUUAUUCGAAAUGCGUGCCCCGGAGCUGGUGCAUGUGGUGGCAUGUACACUGCCAACACUUUGGCCUCUGCCAUUGAAGCCAUGGGUAUGACCUUGCCCUAUUCAUCAUCCGCCCCUGCCACGUCGAAGGAGAAGAUUGAUGAAUGUAUGCAAGCCGGUGAAGCCAUGCGUAACUUGCUUGAAAAGGACAUCAAACCCAGAGACAUCCUUACUCGCACUGCUUUCGAAAACGCCAUGGUCCUUACCAUGGUCCUCGGAGGAUCCACCAAUGCUGUCUUGCAUUUCAUUGCCAUCGCCAGAAGUGUCGGCAUAAAUCUCACUCUUGACGAUUUCCAGGCCGUUAGCGACAGAACUCCUCUCUUGGCAGACUUGAAGCCAAGUGGCAAAUAUGUUAUGGAGGACGUUCAUAAGGUUGGUGGUAUCCCUGCCAUCUUGAAGUUCCUUAUCGAGGAGAAGAUGGUCGAUGGUGAUGUUAUGACUGUCACCGGUAAAUCUUUGGCCGAGAACUUGCAUUCUUUGCCUGGAUUGCCCCAUGGCCAGGAUGUCAUCAAGCCUUUGUCCACCCCUAUCAAGUCUUCUGGUCACUUGCAAAUCCUGUACGGAAACCUUGCUCCCGAAGGCUCCGUUGCCAAGAUCACUGGUAAGGAAGGUCUCAAGUUCAAGGGUAAGGCUCGUGUUUUCAACACCGAGGCUGCUUUCAUCGAGGCUCUUGAAAACAAGGAGUUCAAGAAAGGUGAGAAGGUCACCUGUAUCUUGCGAUAUGAAGGUCCCCAAGGUGGUCCCGGUAUGCCCGAGAUGUUGAAGCCAACCUCUGCCAUGAUGGGAGCCGGUCUUGGUCAAGAUAUGGCUCUUCUUACCGAUGGUCGUUUCUCCGGUGGUUCCCACGGUUUCAUUAUUGGUCACAUUACUCCUGAAGCACAACUCGGUGGACCUAUUGCGCUUGUCCAGGAUGGUGAUAUGGUUACCAUCGACGCCGAGAGCAAUGAGCUCAGCUUCGAUGUUAGCGAUGCUGAACUUGAAAAGCGAAGAAAGAACUGGACUGCACCUGCAUUCAAGGUCAACAGUGGAACAUUGUAUAAAUACAUUAAGAAUGUAAAGACUGCCUCUGAAGGAUGUGUUACUGACGAAUAGAUAGUCGAUUACAUAUAAGAUAUGAAAAUAAAACAUGAAAAUUCAGUGCUAAAAAUGAGGU